CCGCAGCCCGCAGGCACCCAGCACACGCCCUCCCUGCCGCCAGGAUGCCCAAGAGGAAGGUCAGCUCCGCGGAAGGGGCCGCCAAGGAAAAGCCCAAGAGGAGAUCAGCGCGGUUGUCAGCUAAACCUCCUGCAAAAGUGGAAGCGAAGCCGAAAAAGGCAGCAGUGAAGGAUAAAUCUUCAGACAAAAAAGUGCAAACAAAACGGAAAAGGGGAGCAAAGGGAAAACAGGCUGAAGUGGCUAACCAAGAAACUAAAGAAGAUUUACCUGCAGAAAACGGGGAAACAAAAACUGAGGAGAGUCCAGCCUCUGAUGAAGCAGGAGAGAAAGAAGCCAAGUCUGAUUAAUACCAUAUACCAUGUCUUAUCAGUGGUCCCUGUCUCCCUUCUUGUACAAUCCAGAGGAAUAUUUUUAUCGACUAUUUUGUAAAUGCAAGUUUUUUAGUAGCUCUAGAAACAUUUUUAAGAAGGAGGGAAUCCCACCUCAUCCCAUUUUU